AUGACAAGUGUUCUCUUCUCUCAAACAUUCUGUGAAACAGAAGGCAUUGAUGAGAUGAUCGUCCCAAUAACCUCCUGGUCAAAAAGCACUAGAAAACCUGUCAUAAGUGAUCUUGAGAAAUUCACUGUACAGAUGUCUAUCAUCUUUAAAUAUUCCCCUUUUAACAGUGAAACUGAAUUGCUGCAGCAAUUUGAUGCAAUCUAUGGGAGAAGUGGAACUUUCAUCAUUAUUUACAAUGUGAAACUUACGCUCAGUGGCGAGCCAGAGCUCGAUAUUAGAACUGACCAUGCAGAUAUUAUGAUUACCGGUCUUCUGGACAAAUAUUUCAGCCUUCCAGAACGAUGGUCACUCAGAGCCUAUACAACUAUAUUAUAUUUUGAACCACACAUGAGAAUAUUCAUUCAAGCUGAGAAAGUAGAAACCAAGCGCCUGCCUUACUGCUUUUACAGACCCAGAAUGUAUCCAUAUAUCAUGUCAUCAUUUAAAGGCAUUGCAAGGAAAGAAAUAAAGAAGGCAGAAGUGGAUAUGAAAAUGGCUGAACAAGCUGUAGAAGAAGCUAAGUGUCGAUUAAAGCAUUUGGAAGAAUCUCUUCUGCAUGAGGUCAAUGAGUCUGCUCAGCUUGCCUUACAGGAUGCUCUAGAAAAUGCAAAAAGAAUGCGUGAGAAGCUGGAGGAGAAACAAAGAGAAUUGAGAAGGCCAAAGAAGCUCUAUUUAAUUUUUGGAAUAAACAUAGAAAACAGAAGUCAAGAGGGAAUGUUCAUCUAUAACAACAGUCGCUUAAUCAGAAUGUAUGAGAAAGUGGGACCACAUCUUAAGCAGGGGUCUCAUGGUGGUACAGUUGGAAUGGUAGAUGUGCCCCUGGAAACCAUGGAGCCAACACACAAUAAACAGGCCUUUGUCAAUGUUAAAGAAUAUAACCACUUGCUCACAUCCAUGAGGCAUCAUCUGAUCCAGUACUGGAAGGACAUAGGAAUAAGUCAGAAAGGAGUAACUUCAUUCUGGAAUGAGUUUGGAUAUAUAAGUGACAAAUGGUUGGAUAAACCCUCAGAUGCAAUUCAGUACAAGAGAAGACGUGCAGAGGAAAUUCCUGUCGUGGCUCAGUGUGAUGUCUGCCUUAAAUGGAGGGUUCUGUCAUCUUCUACUGAUAUUAAAAAUGGAUACCAGCAUGGCAUCUGGACUUGUGCAAAAAUCCCUGGUCCUCUGGAGAACAAGUGUAAUAGACCAGAACAUUUACCCUCCAUCCCUUUGGGCACUUUGAACAGACUAUCACUGUCAUUGAAUGACAAAGAAAAAGUCCUCAUAGACUCAAUCCAGCGACAUCAAAGGAAACUGGAAAACUUACAGUUCCAGAAAUCUCGUUUAAUAAAACCACACACAUUUACUCAGUGUGGAGACAGCAGAGGAACUCUAUUAAUAAAUUUUCCUUUCUUUAAGAAAAAUGAAAGUGUUCAGAAAACAGUGAGUCAAAGAAAUGCUUUUCAUGGAGAGCCAGCUUCGUCAUCUUUAGAUUUGGAUACCUGUAGCAGAAAACACCACAUGCAAAAAAGAGACCCUAAAAGAUGGGCUAUUUCAGAGCACAGGGCUACUUCUCAAAAGAAAGCAAGACGUCAUGAACGACAAGUACCUCCCAUUUCCCUGUUGGAGAAGGCUCGCAGAGUUUCACUGGUGCCUCUUCCUGACAGAGAGAACCAAGCAAUGUUUCUGGAGAAAUCAGAAGUUGCCAAUAUUAAAAAAGAAGACAGUGACCCUGAAAUCAUCUGUGUAAUGGCAUUUGAGGAUGAGACUGAAGAUUUGCCUAAGUGUGGGAAAAGUAAAGAAUUUCUUUGGUUGAACAAAGGUUCGCCUGGCAGCAAUCAGAAGCAGCGUGACUUACAAAGGUAUAUUUGUUCUGAUCAGAAAAAAGCAACAAAAAUAUCGGGAAAUAAUUUGCCUUCUUCAAAAUUGGAAAGUGCAUUGGGUAAAGAUCCAGAAGGAUGUGCCAAAGGAAAAGUCAAAGUUGUUAUGCAAGAGACAGGCGUUGUAGCCCACACAGAAGAAUCUUCUCAGUGUACAUCUAGAAAGGAAACUAUAAAAACAUUAACAUCUCUUUUAAGGGAAGUCCUGUUGUAUUUUUUGCCAGACUGCAAACUGUCAAGAGAACAGCUUAAUUGCAUGUCUGCUGAGGAUCUUGUAUCUAUGUUUAAGCCAGAGGAGCCUUCAGAACCACCAAAGAACUCAACAUUGUGCUGCGGCCAGAUCAUGAAAGACUAUUUUAUUCAGUAUGAGAGGAAAAUACUGAGAAAAAUUCAGUGCCUAACUCAGCAUAGCUGUGAAGUAGCGUAUGUUAGUGAACUGCAACAGAAACGCUGUGAGUUGCAAAUAAAAGCUACUCAAGAAAAAAUGAAGACUCUUCAGGAAAAGAUGUCACAGUUAAUAAAGCAGAGUCAUCCAGGUGACCACUUAGAUGACUUAAAACAAACCGAUGGCUAUCUUGAAGAGCUCCAUAAGCAAGAUGUGUGUCAAUCUAGCAUUGUAAGGUUACCCGUUGUAAAUACAAACACAGCAGAGUUAGGAAAGCCUGCCAGGCCAUGUGAAGAAAUUUUGGAUGUUUUCAAGAAAUGAAAUGGCUUGGUCUCAUAGCUCAUCCAUUUCUACUAUCACAAAGUUUAGGACCACAUUGAAAAAUUAAUGUUAGCAUAAAUAUGAAUGUAAACUGUUAGAACAGAAAAUUAUCCUGGUUGGAUUUUAAUGCAAUUUUGCUUGUGCUUUUGAAAAAUUGAACCAGUCAGCUUCUCCUUUGAAUCUUUGAGCAUUAUACUCUUGAGAAGUUGUUUUAAUUUACCUUUAAGCUCUAAUGUUCGUUUAUUUGAUGUUUUAACUGCAUAGAUACACACAGACCUGUGUAUCUUACAUUAGCACUUGGUUAUAAUAGAUAUUAUUGAAGAUUUAUGUUUAGUCAAUGAAGAUAAAAGAUUUGAAACGUUAUUUUAGACUGUCUUUUCUAGAUGUUUCCUAUUAUUGUAUAUUACAAAUACAGUUUUUCUAGAACGUUUGCAAACCUUUGGCUAAUUUAUUUGCAUUUAUGAAGGGACUGUUUCCGGCUGUUUGAUAUUUAGUCUACUUUUCUCAGGCAUUACAGAAAAAUGCCUUAGUCCAGAUGUCAGUGGGAGCUUGCUUGAAUUACAAACUCCAUCCUCAAUCCAGCAACUGAUAGCAUAUUGGAAGACAUCUGCAUCCAUAUAGAGUCUCUUUGAAGGACUGGAGCCCCAGAAAAUACAUCACCAUUUGAUCCACUGGAGUUAUUUGAAAAAUG